AUGAUGGAUCUCGCCAGUAUGAACAUAAUUCCCGCAAAUAUGCCUGCUCCCUCCAAGGAGAAUAGGAAGCAGGUCGAGGCCAAUGGCCAGACCGGCGCCAAUGGAAACAUCCCGCAUCCCAAGACAGACAAGCCUCGGCCCCAUGUCUGCACCACUUGCGACAGCUCCUUCGCCCGAUUGGAGCACCUCAAGCGCCAUGAGCGCUCUCAUACGAAGGAGAAGCCUUUCGAAUGCCCCGAUUGCGCCCGCUGCUUUGUGCGCCGAGAUCUGCUCCUCCGCCAUCAACAGAAGUUGCACAUGACUUCCACCUCGUCAUCUCGUCCCAGACAUGGUCGUCAAGAGAGCACGAACGGUGCUCCUGGUGGCGCCAAUCGUGUGCGCAAGAACUCUGUCGCUAACACACCAUCGAUGCGCCCGAGGGCGAACACCAUCAGUCAUGUCAGCGAGAACCCGUUGGGUCUUCCCGACGGCACCAACCCACCCUCGGCACGAAACCACUCUGACUCGGGCCAUGCGUAUCACUCUAGUUUGGGAUCUUCCGUAGGCUCGAGUAUGGACUAUAAGGGUUUAAGCUCUGAAAACCCACCGGUAAAUGGCUUGUCGGAGCUGGAAAGUUCAGGGCUUCUCAUGGAUAUGCCUGAUAGUCUUCGAAUGGCCCCCGCAUACGGUAGCUUUGACAUGGGCAUCGAUGGUACGCUGAUGGGCCACGGCAGCACCAUCAACCCGGCAAAGUAUAACUUUCCAGGUUCUUCCCAAAGGUUCCCGCUUGGCCAACACGCCAAUGACAUGCGUCUCACGAUGAAUGAGGAGAUGAACUUUGACUGGAUGAAUGAGUUCGAUACGGCCGUGGCGCUGGAAAACGACAAUAACUCGUCCAUCAACGAGUCGUCGCCCUCGGCGAUGAGCAUGGGCAGCCGGUGUGGGGUCAGUGAGGCCAUGCUGGAUGGCCCCAUCCGUAUCCCUAUCUCCAAUGACUGGCACAGCCCGUUCCCUGCGCACGCUUCGGCCAACCAGUUCGCCAUCGGCCUCUCACCGACGACGUUGGCCGAAUUGGGGAUCCCGUCGAAAACCGUACCGCCCAAGUCACUGAUGGCGCAGAGCCCCCCAUCGUGA